AUGCAAAGACAAUUCUUACGAUACCUCACAACGAAGAGCUCUCAAUUCUAUGCCAAAUCCACGAUAAAUCCAAUAUCAUUCAGGCUACAGCCUCCCACUAAAUUUACACCCCAAUCGGUUCUCAUAUUCUCCACUUCAGCAAACCUACCACAGAUAAUCGAAGAUGUGUUGGAUCUACAUCAAAGAGAUAAUUUACAGAUUGUGGUAGCAGGAAUCGAUACUAUGGUUCCAUUCUCAGCUAGAAAUGGGGUCAGUGAGCUCUGGCUUGAUCAUCGCCUAAAAAUAGGCAAUUCCUUGCUUUUGGAAGAACGCGAUGACUUGAACAAACCUCCCAAAGAAAGCGAUGGAGUCAACCCGGUUACCGCAAGAAAGAACUGGAAAAAUAUUCAGGGGCAUUUAAGUUUACAAAUGAAGCACGAAAUGGAGGCAAAGAUAAGUUUAGCCAAUACUGUAUUUUCAACCGGAUCAAUACUCACUUUAUUUUACUUUGAUACUGAGUCAAACGUUGCCCAUUCCGGUCAACACUUGUGCGAGCUAGAAGUUACAUUACCAAGAGGUGUUGUUCCAAAUCAUGCAACGGUAAAAGUUGAAGACAAAUGGACGGCAUUGUACCCAGGGAAACUGUUCAAAAUCACCAAUUGUGUGGGGAACUUGUUGAAGUCGAUUGAGAAAAACCCAGCAGCCAAGUACUUGGAAAAGAAUGAUAAAUUGAUGAGACUCAAGAGCAAAGAUACUGAAGUAUUUGUCAAGUUGAGAAAAAGGGGAACCACGGUUGUGGAGAGAUUUAAAGUGACGGCCGGAGGUGGUGGUUGGGGUGCAAAAGCAGAUAUAAUUGCAUUGUCUCCUGAAGCAAAACCAAACGUAGGAGAUGAGGUUGAAUUUUUCAUGGUAACUCCAGAUGACAGAUUUAUCCAACAGAGAGGCAACGAAGUUGAAAGGUUUAGCCAUACUUUUGCAUUCAUGAGUAGUUACGAAGAAACAGCCUAUCAUGGUGAUGGCUUAGAUGCCGAAGGUGAAAUGGUGUAUGAAACAUUUGGAUGUGGUUCAGAGCAAGGGUUCUAUUUCAAUGGGGUGAAACAUCAUUCACCUGGGGAAACGGCUUAUAUAAAAUUAAAGCUGGAGUGA